GAGAUUUCCUCAGUCUUUUACUAAUCAUCGCUUCGUAAACUUGUGAAACUUGUGAAUUGAGACAUGAAACUGUUAAUAUUAAUUUCGUUGUUGGCGACUAUCGUUGUUGCACAGGAACCUCCGCUGUCAUGCUUUUACUUCAACGUCGGGACGGGUUACCUAUGUCGAUUAGCAAUCGACAAUCCCAGCGGCUUUGAUAACUUUACUGAAAUUGAUGGCGUCCAUUUGGAAGGGUUCACAAAUGAAGCUGUAACUGCGAUUCAAGUGGGCAGAGGUAUUAGUACAAAUAUACCACGGAUCAUUUGUGACACAUUUCCUAAUAUCGAUCAGUUCGACUUUUACGGCGCUGGGCUGACCUACAUUGAUGAUACUUCAUUCGGUGGAUGUACACAAAUCGGUUGGCUUUAUCUGUCUAACAACAGGCUCAGUUCGAUCUCUGAACAUGCUUUUACCAACCUUCGUGCCGCUACUUUAAUUAAUUUAGGAGAUAAUUUACUAGCGACAUUACCAGAAAAUCUGUUUGCCAAUCAACAAAAUUUAGAGUAUUUGACUAUGAAUAACAAUUUGAUUAAUGACUUCGCGCCCGGUAUAUUUCGGCCUCUGGAAAAUCUUCGAUAUUUGUUCAUCGAAAAUCUUAACAUCACUACCAUCAACAGCCAGUUAUUCGCACAGAAUUUUCGUUUAAUUUAUUUGUACUUGGGAGGCAACAGGAUCACUCUAUCACCAAACAUAUUUUCCGGAUUGGACGAGUUACGUUUUAUGAGUUUGACUAACAAUGGAAUCGGUGAGAUUCCGCACGGAACAUUUGCAGGUUUACCGAAUCUCACAGCAUUGGAUUUAAACUGGAAUAAUUUCACUACACUCCGAGCUGAUUCGUUCCCAGGCCUUAGCCAAUUAUACAGCAUCGACUUGAGCGGAAAUCCGAUAGAGACAAUCGAAGAGAACGCAUUUAGAGGACUCGAGGGACUACUUUCACUAAUAAUUGAACGGGCUCGUCUACGUGACUUGAAUUCGGUUUCUUUUAAUAACUUUCCGAAUUUGACUUACUUGGCCUUAAAUAUCAAUUCGAUUGAGGAAAUUCCUUCUGGAUUCUUCGAAUCAAUGCCAAGGCUAAAUUAUAUCGGACUAUGGGCAAACCGGAUAAAAACGGUGCGCCGAAGUAGCUUUGGAACACUGACCGAAUUAACAACGUUAGAUUUGGACAGAAACCUUGUGAAUGCAAUCGACAGAGAAGUCAUCGAUGAUGCUGUGAAUCUUAAUACGCUUUAUUUCGAUGCCAAUCUGUGUGCAAGCAACUAUUUCGGAAACUUCGCGAACAACAGAGAUAGAUAUCUGCCAAUGCUUGAAAGAUGUUUCCGUAACAUGAGAUACAUCACAGAAACAACAACUGAAAACGAUGGCAUCUAUUCCUUUUUCGAAGCACCACAGCCUGGAAUCGUUCUACGCGUUCGAUCCGACAGCGAGAUACAAAUCGCACUGACACCAUUCAACUUCAUGUGGACUCCAGCGAUAGAGAUUUAUAUUGGUUCGACCAAUAAUACACUGUCAGUAAUUCGUGUAAAUGACGAAACGAACGUGGUCACCGUUCCGACACCAAAUAUCAUCCAACGAAAUCAAUGGAACGAUUUUCGAGUUACUUGGGCCAAUCAGAAUGUUCUGGUGUUCACCGGUAACAAUACGUUCCCAUUCAUGAGCUACACAAUGCAGCAUUUCUUUCCCGUGAACUCGUACGGUUUAAGGGCUGCAGAAUCGAGAGCUACUUGGAGUGUUCAGCCGAUCUUUUUUGACGAUUAAAUUAAUUGACAAAUUUAAAAUGAGACAGCUGAAUCGAAUAAAUCAAUGCAGCCCCCCGAAUCUUUUAACAAAUUUAAGGUUAAAGUUAAAUCAUUAAAAAAAAACCUGUAAA